UAAAGACGUUUUGAAGUCAUCGAAUUUUGACGGUAGUUGUGUUUCUUACUAAACAAACAAGAACACAACACAACUACUUUGGCAAUUCCUAUGGGAGUUCAAUUAUAAAAGAAGAAGAAGACAACACAACUAAAAGUAAAAGCCACCAACAAAUUAAGCCAAAGAGUAUAUUUGGUACAUUAAGCAAAUUACUGACUAAACAAAUAAGAAUCGGUUUUGUAAUUUUGUUUAAAAGAAUGCAUAGUAAUACUAUUACACCAGAAGAAUUUGUAAAUGCAGCAAAAAAGUUUAUUGAGUUAUCCGAUAAAUAUUUCGAUAGCUGGGCAAUUCAUCAAAAGGAAAACGAAAUAUUAAAUACGUAUAUAAAAAAAGAGGAAUUCGUCAGUCAUCGUGAUGAUGAUGAAAAAGUAUUCAUAUUCAAAGCAGAAUACAUUAUUUUUUACAAUCUCAGCUAUGGAGUUCCUUCGUUCAGCUUCAACAUUUGGGAUAGUUCUGGAAAAUUGUUAACUUUGGAGGAAGUGAGACAGAUCUCACUGAUGAAGAUAAGCAAAGAAGAUUUCUAUUCCGUGAUAACACAGCAAGAGCAUCCGGUGAUGCAUCGACCCUACUUCAUAAUUCAUCCGUGUCACACAGAAAAUAUCCUAUUGGUUUUUAGACACAAAACGAAGAACCUCAUAGUAACAUUCUUGGGUCUUAUAAUGCCUUUGAUUAAAUUAAAUUUACCUUUAGAAUAUGGCUUAUGAUUAAUAAACCUAAAUUGAAACUUAAA